GCUAAGGGGGGAGGAGCGACGGCUACAAUGGAUCCUCCUGCGGGCUUUGUGCGUGCUCGGAAUCCAGCUGUCGCCGCCCCACGGAGCCCCCUGCCCCCGCAGGGCGCACAUUUCCCGGCCGCCCACCAGCCGGGUCGCAUCGGUGGCCGCUGCCCCAGCAGAGCCGAGAGCCGUUCCCGCCCGCUUCGUGGCCGUCCGGCCCCGGUUGCCCCCCGAAAUGCCGAUGUCAAUGUGGCCUUGCGCAAAAUAGCCAACUUGCUGAAGCCAGACAAAGAGAUCGUGCAGGAUGGCGACCACAUGAUCAUCCGCACGCUGAGCACUUUUAGGAACUACAUCAUGGACUUCCAGAUUGGGAAGGAGUUUGAGGAGGAUCUGACGGGCAUAGAUGACCGCAAGUGCAUGACCACUGUGAGCUGGGAUGGGGACAAGCUCCUGUGUGUGCAGAAGGGUGAGAAGGAGGGACGCGGCUGGACCCAGUGGAUUGAGGGUGAUGAGCUGCACCUGGAGAUGAGAGUGCAGGGUGUGAUCUGCAAGCAAGUAUUCAAGAAGAUGCACUGAAGCCCGGGCAGACCUUGGUUUGUGGAAUGAGUGGCUUGGAUGUAUGGUCCAGGAAGCCCCUCUUUACAUAGCAUGAGGUAGAAAUGUCCGGCCACCCCCAAGUAUCUGUCAGCAGUCUGUCUCUCGGCUGUCUGUCUCUUUUCCUUUUCUUAAAACAAAGCCAUUUCAAUAAAAGUGAUCUCUGCUCAAGGCUUCAAAA